AACGAGCACCUGCUCGCUUGAAUAAGUGUCGACACUUUCGAACAGUAGGUUUAAGUGUAUAGAGAGAUUACGCUCUAGGAUGUGAGGACUGAAUGGUAAUUGAUGUGUAGGGAUGUGUUUAGUUAUUUAACAUACUGUUAUUUCCCUCCUGUUCAAUUAUGACGACGAUAACUGUGAGAAAAAACCUUAACGGGUUAAAUACAGUCGGUAUGGAGGAAUAUCUCGAUGAUGCCGAGAUCGCGAAUGUUAAAGACUGGAUUAGCGAUUUACCUCUUUCCAGACCAAAAAAGAAAUUACACGAAGAUUUCGUAGACGGAGUUUUGAUUGCGGAAAUUGUCAAGCAUUAUUUCCAGCUGGUGGACCUUCACAAUUACAACCCCGCUAGUAGUACAAAACAGAAAUUGGAAAACUGGUACCUUUUAAACAGACGUGUUCUUAAACGAUUGGGAAUGGACUUAUCUGAUGACGUCAUACGUGCGUUAGCUAAUGGCAAGGUUCAUGUGAUAGACCGGAUAUUGAUCUUCCUGCGCAUGCAGAUUGACAACCUACUUCAAAGGCAAGGUAAAAGCCGCCAAGAGAUAGAUUUAGCAUAUUCGAGUUCAAAGCAACAAAGCGAAAACGAAAAAACACCCAACGUGAAAGACGUUACAAGCCCCAAGGAAAACUCUAAGCAUCCAAAGGACCCCAAUAGUCAAGCUCUUGUAUCUGUGGGAUCUAAAACCGGAAGAGCCUCGCCAUCUAAAUCUCCACGAAAGUCACAGCCUAAGGGUGAUAAUUAUCAGAAUUCUCAGACAGAUCGAUCUGUACUAGAACCUCUGGCCUUGCCCUCGGAAAGAUCGUCCCAGGUGAAGUCGCCGCGACGUAUUUACACGAAAGGUGAAAUCCCACACAACCACCCUGACAGGACUCGCUAUCUUCCUGGUGACUAUAUGCGCGAUGUCGGUUUAAGUCCUUAUCUCCGCAAUGAUUAUUUGCGCAGAUGUGGUAUCAGGACAUACUUUAGCGACAGGCGAAUGGUGCCAGAAUCCCUGCCCCUCUACUCCUACAUGUAUAGCCAUAGCCACGUUCCAAGGAUCAUUAUGGAGGAAAAGGAAUCCGAGAUCAUGCAUAAAGAUGAAACCAUCCACAUGCUGAAUGACAAAAUAGAUAGUAUGGAACGACUAUUACGUCUGAAGCAAACGCGGAUCGAAGACCUGAGUGCCAAGUUGAUUGCGAGUCGUGGGCUGUUCUACGUGACGGAUAGAGGCAAUCGAAAAAUCGUCAGAUAAACUCAUACUAUGGGAACAAUUCUAUAAAGGAGCCAGCAAACCAUCUUACUGUCUAUAACAAUACCUAUUUACACCGUUAAGUAAAACCUUAUAAUUGGUAGAGUUCAGUUACAUUUCGUUUUGUAUACAAAUAUGUUCAGCUACUUUGGUUAUCUGGCUUCUGUACUCAACAUGGUACAUUGUAGCCUACCUCUUCAAGUUUUAAUGUGGUCUCUUUGUACUGAUUAAUCAACAUGUCGGAGAAUAUAAAUAAGACUGAAAUAAUCAUUCCCCAAGGAUGAAUGACUAGAUAAUUAUUUAAAAGUAUUAGCCGGAGUUUAAGGUUUAAGGUAGACAGCGGACAAGUUGACAGGGUAGACGGAUUCUAUCAGUGCUAUAGGUAUAUAUCAGAGUAUAGAUGACCUCCGAGGCUAGUAUACCACACAUUCCCGCUUGGAGUCGAAAUCUCUGUAAAAUGAGUCGAGGCAAACAUUGCAUAUAAUGUUAGCUCUCAAUAUCCAACAUGAACUGUGUAUAAUUCUCAUGUAUAGCAUCUGUGAUUAUUAUUUUGCUACUUUUUAUUAAUACAUGUAUUUAUGACAUUUUAUUUUUUAAUCUUUAUUCAUAUAUGCAUUGUUUAUUGUUUUGCUAUAUCGUUCUAUUAACUCCAUUAAAUGUAUAGACAUUUUUUCUUUAUGUUUAACACAUAAAAUAUAUAAUAUUGAUCAUAUCGACAUAGAAAACGUGCACGUACAUGUACUUAAAGGGGUCGAUUUUGAUUGAUUUUAAGUGUGCUAACGAUAUAUAAAACACCAGUAAUUGUCUUGAUGACCGAAUGUUGGUUAUAUAAGUUUGAAUUUAGUAGCAUACAUUGGUGUUAGUGUUACCGUAGUAUUUCACUAAAUUCGGUUACCGUAAUUAAGUCAGUGACCACACAUUCAAUAUGUACCUCGUUUGCUCUCAAAAGGUAUUGCUCUAGUCAAGUGUAAAAUUCUGUUAUGUCUCACAUUGGCACUUUUCAAACUAGGAAUACACAUGUUGGAUAACAUGUUUGUGAUCAUUGGCCGAAUCAAAAUUUCAAAAUCGAUCAAAGUAUUGUCUGAAAUUAUAAAAAAAAAAAUAUAACUUGAUUCGUUUAUCUUUCUUCAAACAACUCAUUUUUAGCUGUAUGAUUAACAUCAAUAGACACUAUUAAUUAUUUACUUUAUUUUCAUUGGGUGUGACAUGUCAUUAUACAUGUGUAAAAAUUUGGCACUAUUGUGAUACUGCUGGCUGAAAAACAGUCCGAAUUUGUGUGCCUUAGUAUGUAAGCAUAGGCAAUUGGCACCGUUGCUAACAUAAUCAGUUACAUAACAUUGACUACAUUGGCGGCUCAUUCAUUGUAUUCUCAAUAUGUAUAGACAAUUAAUAGUUUGGUGUAAUCAUAACAGAGAUAGUGUCAUUUCGUCAUGUUUUACCAUUACAAUGCUCAUAACCUAGACUGGGUUGCCUGCCUUAGAGCCAUUUCUCUCUUUGCUAAGUUUCGCUCAUUAAUGCAGUACUUUCGAAGUGACCCCAACCGGAGAAAAUAAAACUAACUACGACAGACAAUCCUGUCCAGUCCGUACAUCUAACUGUGGCCCAGUCGUCCAGGGCAUAUGUCCUUACAUUUGUCUGCUCUAGAUUUACUCUGGAAAUGAAUAUUUCAUACGUAAUUUUACAAAGAUGUAACCCGGAAGUGACGGGGGGAAAUUACUAACAUCAUCUGGUGGUGAUUACUACUAACAAAUCUAGUAAUAAAAAUGUAAAUAGUGUGUCUUCAUUAUAAUAUUUAUUGCUACUCUAUCCAGACUCUACAACACUUUUUCGGAAGGAUGUUUUUUCUCAAUUAAAUUUGUUAAAUAAAAAAAC